AUGUGCGCCGCUGCUGUAGCUUCCAUAUACGAUGUCCAUCAACUGGUCGACUUUUACAGAUUGGCCUAUAAAGCGGGAUAUGGAUUUGGAGAAGCCACGUCAGGAGCUUAUCCACUGAGUCCGUUCAAGACAUUAUCAAAACAUUUGUGUCAUAAAGCAGCACAACUUUUGCUACCCUCUAUUGUUACUGCAAAAACAAAACCUCCGGCAGGCGUUUUUGGUGGUAGUCCAACUCUAAAGGCACGAGAUGUGAGUUUCGACACUAGUUCGAAGGAACCCCAUCUUGUGAGGGCCCGUGUGUUCGUCGGUAAUAUGAACACAAAUGUUAUUACUCGAGACGACAUCAUCCGACUCUUUAGCGCUUAUGGGACUCUUUUGGGUGUUACGGUUUUUAAGGGAUAUGCUUUCAUACAGUACGGUACCUCAACUGAAGCGGAUCUUGCAGUAAGCGCUCUUAAUGGAUACAGCUGGAAUGGUUCCAUACUUGAUGUGAAGCUCGCCAUUGCUGGAAUGAAAUCGCACAACGUUACAUCAACUGUUUCAACCUCUAACGGGGUGAAACGUGGCGCUGAAAACUUUUCCGGUAUCAGUGCAAAUGCGAAAAAAGAACGUCUUGAUGACUAUGGGAGGGCUGCAGCGCAGAACAAUCGAAAUCGACAAACUGCAGCAACAGAUAGUACGGAAAGUCGAAAUUUAUAUGAAACCGGUAUGCCUGAUACGCUGAUAUGCGGUGGAUGUCGUUUUGUAACCAGUGAUUUUGAAGACUUCAGAGAACAUCGUAAAUCUGCCUGUCCUAUAAAUUCCAUCGAUGGCGAGGUGGAAAAUGAAGAAAUGAAGUGGCAGUGUUCAAUGUGUGAUGAAGUUUGUGCAAAUGGAGGAGCACUUAUUGACCAUGCUCUCGACAGGCACAAUAUUCGGCUGCUGAAAAAUGGCACCGAAUAA